AUGCAGCGCCGGCACACGACUUUGAGGGAGAAGGGCCGCCGCCAGGCCAUCCGGGGCCCCGCGUACAUGUUCAACGAGAAGGGUACUAGCCUAACGCCAGAGGAAGAGCGCUUUCUGGACUCAGCUGAGUAUGGCAACAUCCCGGUGGUCAGGAAAAUGCUGGAAGAGUCCAAAACACUCAACUUCAACUGUGUGGACUACAUGGGGCAGAAUGCCCUGCAGCUGGCUGUGGGCAAUGAACACCUGGAGGUCACCGAGCUGCUGCUCAAGAAAGAGAACCUGGCGCGGGUGGGGGAUGCGCUGCUGCUGGCCAUCAGCAAGGGCUACGUGCGCAUCGUGGAAGCCAUCCUCAACCACCCGGCCUUUGCACAGGGCCAGCGCCUCACCCUCAGCCCGUUGGAGCAAGAGCUGCGGGAUGACGACUUCUACGCCUAUGACGAGGAUGGCACACGCUUCUCCCAUGACAUCACGCCCAUCAUCCUGGCAGCCCACUGUCAGGAGUACGAGAUCGUGCACAUCCUGCUGCUCAAGGGCGCCCGCAUAGAACGACCCCACGACUACUUCUGCAAGUGCGUGGAGUGCACAGAAAAGCAGAGGAAAGACUCCUUUAGCCACUCGCGCUCCCGCAUGAAUGCCUACAAAGGACUGGCAAGUGCUGCUUACCUGUCCCUGUCCAGCGAAGACCCUGUCCUCACGGCACUGGAGCUAAGCAACGAGUUAGCCAGACUAGCCAACAUUGAGACUGAAUUCAAGAAUGAUUACAGGAAGUUAUCUAUGCAAUGCAAGGAUUUUGUGGUGGGCGUGCUGGACCUAUGCCGAGACACAGAAGAAGUAGAAGCGAUUUUAAAUGGUGAUGUGAACUUCCAAGUCUGGUCCGACCACCACCGUCCGAGUCUAAGCCGGAUCAAACUCGCCAUUAAAUAUGAAGUCAAGAAGUUCGUUGCUCAUCCUAACUGUCAGCAGCAAUUGCUUACCAUGUGGUAUGAAAAUCUCUCAGGCUUACGUCAACAGUCUAUCGCUGUGAAAUUCCUGGCUGUCUUUGGAGUCUCCAUAGGCCUCCCUUUUCUCGCCAUAGCCUAUUGGAUUGCUCCGUGCAGCAAGCUAGGACGAACACUAAGGAGCCCUUUCAUGAAGUUUGUCGCCCACGCAGUUUCUUUUACAAUCUUCUUGGGACUGUUAGUCGUGAAUGCAUCUGACCGAUUUGAAGGUGUUAAAACCCUGCCCAAUGAAACCUUCACAGACUACCCAAAACAGAUCUUCAGAGUGAAAACCACGCAGUUCUCCUGGACAGAAAUGCUAAUCAUGAAGUGGGUCUUAGGAAUGAUCUGGUCAGAAUGCAAAGAAAUCUGGGAGGAAGGGCCGCGGGAGUACGUGCUGCACUUGUGGAACCUGCUGGAUUUUGGAAUGCUCUCCAUCUUCGUGGCCUCCUUCACUGCGCGUUUCAUGGCCUUCCUGAAGGCCAGCGAGGCCCAGCUGUAUGUGGAUCAGCACGUGCAGGACGACACGCUGCAAAACGUCUCACUUCCGCCGGAAGUGGCGUACUUCACCUACGCCAGGGACAAGUGGUGGCCUUCAGACCCUCAGAUCAUAUCGGAAGGGCUCUAUGCAAUAGCAGUUGUGCUGAGCUUCUCUCGCAUUGCGUACAUCUUGCCAGCCAAUGAGAGUUUUGGUCCCCUGCAGAUCUCCCUGGGGAGAACUGUGAAAGAUAUCUUCAAGUUCAUGGUCAUUUUCAUCAUGGUAUUUGUGGCCUUCAUGAUUGGGAUGUUCAACCUGUACUCUUACUACCGAGGUGCAAAGUACAACCCAGCGUUUACAACGGUUGAAGAAAGCUUUAAAACCUUAUUUUGGUCCAUAUUCGGCUUAUCAGAAGUGAUCUCGGUGGUGCUGAAAUACGACCACAAAUUCAUCGAGAACAUCGGCUACGUUCUCUACGGCGUUUACAACGUUACCAUGGUGGUAGUGCUGCUCAACAUGCUAAUAGCCAUGAUUAACAACUCCUACCAGGAAAUCGAGGAGGAUGCAGAUGUGGAGUGGAAAUUUGCCCGAGCAAAGCUCUGGUUGUCUUAUUUUGAUGAAGGAAGAACUCUACCUGCCCCUUUUAAUCUAGUGCCAAGUCCUAAAUCAUUUUAUUAUCUCAUAAUGAGAAUCAAGAUGUGCCUCAUAAAACUCUGCAAAUCUAAGGCCAAAAGCUGUGAAAAUGACCUUGAAAUGGGCAUGCUGAAUUCCAAAUUCAGGAAGACUCGCUACCAGGCUGGCAUGAGAAAUUCUGAAAACCUGACUGCAAACAACACUUUCAGCAAGCCCACCAGAUACCAGGUGGCAACAAUUCUUCCAUCUGGAUUCUACUUCGUUGACCAUCUUCAACACACAAAAAUCAUGAAACGGCUCAUAAAAAGAUACGUGCUGAAGGCCCAAGUGGACAGAGAAAAUGAUGAAGUCAAUGAAGGGGAGCUGAAGGAGAUCAAGCAAGAUAUCUCCAGUCUGCGCUAUGAGCUUCUCGAAGAGAAGUCCCAAGCUACAGGCGAGCUGGCAGACCUGAUCCAACAGCUCAGUGAGAAAUUUGGAAAGAACUUAAACAAAGACCACCUGAGGGUGAAUAAGGGCAAAGACAUUUAAGCAGCCCGGUGGGCAUCUGUGACUUCUACCAGCAUUCCAAGGCCAAGCUGGAUGCCCUGGCCCUCACCACUGCCUGGUGGGGAGGGGUCCCAGCCCACUCCUCUAGGACACAAGGGGACCUACUGGCUCGGUCUCGAGCACAUCACGGACUCUGCAGCCCAAGAGCCUGCCUGGAACCAGAACUGUUGUGAAACUAAGUGGUGGGUAAGAGGAGGGAGGAAGUGACACGUGCGACACCUUCAGGCCCACCUCAGUGAAAUACGCCCCUGUAGCCACAGCAGGCAAAGGCCACCUUGGAUGCACAUGUAUGUCCUCCACUACACACGGGACCGCAGCUUUGGCUGCAUCCUGGGAAGCUGAACCUCCUCGUCCCACCAACCCUUUCUCACUCUCCCCACCCAUUCCCAUAUCCAACCAGAACCAGGAGGUGACCUGUGAUCUAUUCUUAAGUGCCAGAUGAGAACACAGAUAGCCUAAUAGCAAAAUAGCUCUAUUUGUUUAUAAAAAAUUCAAAAACUCUAAAUCAAAAAUUGUACUGUAGGUAGCACUGUUUAGAGAACAAGAAAAUCCAAAUGAUGUAUUUUUACCUUUAUUAAGAUUAUCUUGUAUUUACUAUUUUUACCUACGGAAAGAAAUAAAAUUACCUCAUAAGAA